UGGAAUAAAAUCGAUUCGAUUAAUCAGUAGUUGGAACAGGUGGCAGCAUCAAGCUUGCAUCGAACAAAGUAAGAAGUUUGUCCCUCUGGAAAAUUUGUUGUCAAACGAACGGUAGUGAUUCUGAGUGUAAACAAUAGAACGAGAAGGCCAGAUACCGCGCACAAAGUAAACAACCAACCCGCACAAAUCUGUCUAAUUAAUUACCGCAUCACUAUCAAGUGGGUACAAUUAAAAUUAAAUAAAAAUUGUUAUUCCAUGUCGCAAUCGGCCGAGGAGAAGGGAUAGAAGCGCACAAACGAAGCAGGGAGUGAUUUGUUGUCUUAUUUUUAAUUAAGCGCUUGGCAGAGCGAUAACCACAUGGUUGAGUUCUGUGGGAUCGCAGCGCGCGGUGCAUGUGAAUGUUGUUUCCAUGAAUGAAACUUCGAAGCCGGAGAGAUCAUCAUAUUCGGUGUGCUGCUCGAGUAAGUGCAUGUCACAGUGACAAGACGAGCAGAGCAAAACGACUUGGCAAAAAGCUUAUAAUUAUUCAAAUAUUUAACUUUUCAAAGAGAGAUAAAUGACGCACUGGAGCGGCCGGAAUGUUCAACCGCAAGUGUCAGGCAGUAGGCGACCAAACAAGUGCUGAAAUUUAUUAGUGGUUAGCAGGCCCGAAGAAGAGCGAAGCCGCAAAAAAGUAGCAGAAACGGAAGAAUUUCUCGAAAAGAAGAUAUCACUUUCCGCGAGUUAUUUUAAUUAGAAAACGCAACUAGCAGCAAACAACAGACGUUCGGUGGUGCAUUGCUCGGUGGCAUUUGAAUUGCAGUAGCAUAGGCUGCGGUCGACGCAAAAAAAAAGUAAAGUGCAUUGCAAUUUGCCAACUGCGGUAAGACAACGGGCCGCGGCACGAAACGCAGGAGUGUGAAAUUUGAGAAGUUUGAAGUCGAAUCCCAGCAGACCAACAACUGUGAGUGCUAAACACGUUUAGUUCGGUUAGUGAGUGCGAAAGUUCGUGGGGAAACGAAAGAAGGUGCGAAGGUGCAGCGCGGUUAGGUGGAGGAAGAGUGUUGUAAUUCGAUCAUUAGUAGCUGCCGAAGUAGCCGCCCAACGGUGAGCGGAUUCCAAUCGAUUGACGAGGAAGCAGCAGAUACGAGGAAACCGGCAGGGAGAAGGAAUUUCGCAACCCGGCAACUGUUCCCGGCCGGUUCGAACCCUUCGGCCAAGAUAGUUGCCAACAGCCAGUUAUCUCAGAUGAUGACGAUGGACGUCACCAAGCCGGAACCGCCGUCGGGUGCCGGCGGUGCCUCCGGACUGAGCGGAGGCAGUGUUGCCAGCGUAAAUGGCCAGCAGCAAAACGGGCCCGGAAUCGGUGGCGGUGGUGCCCAAAAUGGGAUCGGAAAUGGCCACAAUCAGCAGCUGUGCGCCGGCUGCGGGAAACACAUUCAGGAUCGGUUCCUGCUGAGGGCGCUGGAUUUGCUGUGGCACGAGGAUUGCUUGAAGUGCGGAUGCUGCGACUGCCGGCUGGGCGAGGUUGGUUCCACGCUGUACACCAAAGGGAAUCUGAUGCUGUGCAAGCGGGACUAUUUGAGUUUGAAAAAUUCCAGGUUAUUUGGCAACACGGGAUUCUGCGCCGCGUGCAACAAGGUGAUACCGGCCUUUGAGAUGGUGAUGCGAGCCCGAAACAAUGUGUACCAUCUCGAGUGCUUCGCCUGUCAGCAGUGCAAUCAUCGGUUCUGCGUCGGCGACAAGUUCUACCUGUGCGAGAACAAAAUCCUCUGCGAGUAUGACUACGAGGAACGGUUAGUGUUUGCGUCGAUGGCCAACCAUCCAAUGCUGAAACGUCAAAUCGGACAGGGGGGUCCACAACAGCAAGGGGGUGGUGCCGGAGCCGGAGGCCAUCCGCACCCGGUUCAGAACGGCAUCGGAGGACACGGGCCAACGGGUGGCCAACAACAGCAGCAGCAGCAGCAGCAGCAAGGUCAAUCGCAGAAUCCAAACUCGCUGGUGUCGCAACUGAUGGCGGGACAGCGGGCUGCCGGAGGCGACCAUAAUAAUAACAGUAAUCUACCGGUGUCACUCGGUGGUGGCGGUCCGUCACCGUUCGGGACGCCUACGCACAUGAAGGCUGCACUCAGCACCGCUAGUUAAAUUUUCGUUGUUUCUUUUUUGUAUCUGUUGUGUAUUUGUGUUUCGACUCGGUGAAAAACAAACAAAAAUAAUGGGAUGAAAACUCAAAUUACUCCAAAAAAAUUACAACGAUGUGCAAUACUUUUAAGUCACAGUUUCAUCCCUAUAUGAUGGUUCCGGCUGUAAUUUCUGUUUUAUGAAGCCAUCAAGCAGCCAUGUGCCAAAAACAUAAACAAAUAACCAUCGUGGGACCCCUCGUUCGUGUUCGUACAUCAAAAUGUGUCAUAUUUCGCAAUCGCCACGUUUUUUAUGUUAUGAAUCUCGCGAGUGCCAUAAAUUUAUGCUCUUUUUUGCUCGCGAAACGCGCAGAAAUCAGUUGCAUAAAUCAAAUUUACUCAUUUAGAUAAGCACGAAUCGAUGCGGCAGGUUCAUUUAACACUUCAUUUAUCCCAAUAGGAGGCUAAUAUAUUAUUAUCACUUUCAUUUGACUCACACUCACUCAAAGACUGAUAAUUUCACGAAUGGAACACGAACAAAGAUCGAAGUGAUAUGAAGGGCGUUCAUUGUACUAUACUAAAUGGAAGUUGAAACUAUCGGAAAAUGUAAACAAAAGACACGAUCAAAAUUUGAUUCAGUGUUAGUUCUCACGUGUAAAUACUCUAGGUGAUAUAAUUCGAAUUAAUUUGUUGAAUAUGAUUAGUUUUCUUUUUUAGGAUAACCUUUAUUGAAAAAAGACUUCGUUUGUUUACACUACACUAUAUAAAUAAAUAAUAAAAUAACUGUCAAAUUCAAACAAACACUAAAUGAAAAUUCACAUUCAAAUCCUAAAUGUUUCUGGCAAAUGUAAUAAUCACUGAAAUUGAAAUUUGUGUAAACAAAACCCAAACAACUCAUUAAGUAAAAACAAAACCGAACUGGAGGUAAACCAAAGAAAACCCAGUACUCAUUGUUGCUGAGAGUGAAAUCUACGAGAAAUCGCAUAAAUGGUAAUUAGUCAAAUUAUUAAAGUGAAAACAAAGGAAGCUAUUAAUCGUAUAAUCAAA